GAAUGAAAUGAGCAGAUGAGAUGGACGAAGGAAGGGGGUGUCGAAAAUCAUGGGGCGCAGGGCUGAGCCAAAUCGAACGUGUGUGAAUGAUACAGAGUGAUGAUGAUUUGGUGGGGUACGAAGGAUUAGUUCAACUUGUCUGUAAUGAUAGCAGUUCAGAGACACAGAUCAGAAGGAUGCCCGCCUCGCCUCUGCUUUCCUCGGCUCCACUUCCGCUUUCCAGAAAAGUCAGGCCGUCGCAGGAGCAGACGGAUUGGAUUUGGUGUUCGCGAGGAUGGAAAGCGCCCAAAAGCGAGGCUAGCGAGCCUAGGACGACGCACUGACCUCACACUGGGCUCACGUGAACGAUGCCUGCCUGGCCGGUUUCAUUGUUUCGCAAGGACCAUUAUGCAAAAGCCAAGUGCAACUUGAGCAUGGCUGUGUCUUUUCCUCCCCUCUCCUCUCUCUUCGGCAUGGCAGUAGCGAAGAAGUGAAAUGACGACCCAGUACAGACAGACCCAGCGUACGUGCCCGUUCCUUCGAUCGCUGAGUUCGUUCAUGCGCAAUUUGGACAUGUCAGUGCACGAUUAGGCCAACCCCAGCCACUUGUAUGGCCUCCUUCCUCCUCGCCCGAUUGUGUUUUAUUUCUGUAUUUGGGUCGGAUCUCGCUCGGUUUGAGUGUCGGUGCUUAUCACUAACUAACUUCACGUACUGCGACUUCGUACCUUUCGGUAUCGUAUCGCUCGCAUUCACAUCGCCUCGGAUCGCAAUCUGAGGCGGUGAAUGCUGCCCCCCUGCUCCAACAUGUCGAGUCCGAUAGCUGCCAAAUGCAAAUGAAUCACUCCAAUGAAGACCCACGUUGAAAGGGAGAGAAUUGCAGGUGGCUGCCUCGGAGUAGCUGAAUGAUUUGGAAUUCCAUCCACUCCCCGUUGUUUCCCAGGAUGCGUAGUGUUCGUCGGAUGGUAGCUCUCGAGGACGGGGCCGAUUUCCAGUGUGCAAUUGGGAACGGAGGUGAGCGUCACGUGUCGUGUCCAUGAAACAUUUGCCCACACGCAAGUGUUUCAGAGAGGGCGAGGAUGUCUCCCCUGCAGCUGCUGCUCUGGGUGGCAAGCGGAGAUAGGAGUUUCGACAUGCUAAAUAAAGAGGAAUUUCUCGGUCUGAACCGAGUCGAAACUCACAGAGAAAUGUCAUGUGGGUGUGUGGACAAGCGGGUGACAUUUAAUAAUAUAAUUAUAGGCCCCUUCUGUCAAUGGGGAGAUUCUGGAGAUGAGCAAUGAAAACCGAAAGGAGGAGAGGGGGGCAGAGACCCGAGGAACCCGCAACUUGUCUGGAUAUGUCAUGUAUCCUUCUGGGGACGGGAAAGUUGUGGGGUCCUUCGAUUCCUGUGCACUUCGUGCUCUCCAUAAGUCACACUGUUCCGCUUCAUGGGUUAAUAGUUUAAUGCCACUGGGCACCCCGCGUCACAGGCUUCGAUUCAUUCGCAGACGAUUUCUUUAUUCUGGGUUUCCUGCGGCAGUGCGGCAGCUCAACUUUUCAUUUUCAAUCGCAAGCGGACCAUUAAAUGUUGCUUGUUCACGUUCGUGCUGCCGCACUACUUUCUGAUCUGAUCUCUGGUAAAUCUAACUUUAGUUUCGUUCUAGUCGUGCUGAGGCUCCCCUUUUCACUGCGGUCGGAUAGUGGAGAUCAGAAAUUCUAGUUUCUUCUGAGCCAGUUCUAAGCUCACUUCCCAAGGAAGCUCAGCAAAUAAAUAUAUAAUUUGUGGAGCGAUAAGACUGCUUUUCGUCUCCUGUGGCCUGCUGUCCCAUUGAGCCUCUCCUCCACUCUGCAGAUACUCGAAGACUUCUCGCAGAUCCGCAGAUCCGAAGAUCCCAGCCCCGCCUUCGUCUCCUGCUCAUGGAGUAUUUUAUUUCCGCGGUGCAACAGAAUCGGCAACGGAGCUUUUCAUCCGGAUGCGCAAACAGUUUGUCCCGCUGUUGAUCAGAAAUUCCGAGAUGGGCAUUCGUCAGGCCCCUGGGUCUCGCAUAGCAUACAAGGGCCUGCAUUAUACAACCAUUGUUGCGCGUCAACGGAGGGCAAGACUGUUGAUCUCGUCGACGGCUUCUUCACGUGAUUUCCUCUAGUUCCUGCAACGAGAUUGGCCUGCCUCGAAAAACCACAUGGGCGAGGUCGUUGGCCCCGAUGAUACUGGUCAUUGAACGACUGCGAUUCAGAAAAGCUGCGAUCCCACGAGGUCCUCGCACCUUGAAGCGUUCAAACGAACAGCUUCAAGGCAGGCAGGGAGGGAGGGCGCUUUAGAAGUGUGUAGCUCCCUCCCUCGAAACCGUCAGUUUGAGCUGUCAGUCGAUGUACUCUGUCUGCAGAGGCUGGAUCCAUUUAAGGAAUCGACACAUCUGCCGACCGGCAUUAUGUAUCGAAGCAGCAGCAGAAGCAGCCUUGAAUCCGAUUCAAGACUCCCGAGCAACAAAGUGAGAGUUUCCCGGCCGUGUCAGUCCGUCCAUGGCCCGUGCGAGAGCUUGCUCUCCCGAGCUCUAAUUUGUUUUCUAGCCGCGAACGAAGCUCUCAGAGCAGGUGAGGAAGAGGAUAGACGCGCGAGCAUUGUAGUAGGAAUAAAUACGAUGAAUACUGUACAAGAGUGCCGGAGUGACGACGGAUGCAUCUGUCCAUACAUGGCGGUAAAUCUCGUCUGCUACCGCAGCUGUGUGGCUCGCCCGGACAAAACCCUAGCAACAGAUCGAGUAGCUGGCCAGGGCUCGAGGACGCUUCUUCCAAACCGAUGUGCAUGUCCCACCGCAGUAGACAUGGAUAAAGACAUUGCGAACCAGAACUGCUCGCGCCGGGACUAGAGCGUCUUCUCCCGCCGAACACUUCGCGGUUGGAAAGUAGCGUGCGUGCCUCAGAAGAUUCGCAGCCCAUAUGCAUCAUAAUCCUGGCCUGGGCUCGACAUUCCUUUUUGACCUCAAUGAAUCCGACUGUAGCGCUCGCGUGAGUCAAAAGAUUCUCGACACAGCUGAUGCAGAUAAGGAGCCAACGGUGUCGAGACAUUUCACAUUUCAUGUCUCCUCGGUAAGAAAACUCCUCCCCUCCUCCCCUCCUCCUCCUCGUGCUCCCUAAACCUCUCCCCCCUCCACCCCCGCCACCAUCCCUCCCCAAAACAGCUGCGAAUUUGACCGCCUUCCUUGUCAGUGAAAUUCAGACAACCGCAAGUCUGGAGGCGAGUUUCUUCGCUUCCAUGCUCGAAUUCUCAGAAAGCCCAGAAUGCCCCGAGGGAUUAGAGAGGGACUACCACCAUCGCCAGACUGACUUCGGCGGUGGCUUGUGUAGGGAGGGGAGGGGGGGCAGGUAGGUGGGUGGGCUGAAUUUGGCCUUCGUCCUCGAGGCUGCUUGUGAGUUACCAAAGCACAAGGUCAGUGCUGCCAAUGUCGUGGCCGGGCCCUUUUGGGACACCAUUAGGCCCUGGGCCUCCCUCCUGAUGCUUGUCGUCUAGGCCCACAUUGUAUUUGCAUUCAUUACAGAAACCCCUGACUCACAUCAUAAUUAGUGCCGCAGAGGGAGCUCAAGAGAUUCUCGCCCUCUGCCAGCGGACGUACCUGGGUUGUCGAGCCGCCCAUACCCCCAACUGUGUUGCGAUCCUGAGGACGGAUCAUGACUGAGCAGCACCUCCAUCCCUCGCUGUCCCUCGUCCUGACAGCGGCUCGACGGCAAAAGGGAGAUGUCUGAGACUGCCACAAUCGAGCCCUCACAAAAGAACGGGAGAGAGAGCGAGCCGGAGCGGGAGAGACGAGAGCCCGUCUAGCAUCAAGUUGUCUGCCUGCCGCUCGUCGAACGAUUCGAUCUGCGCCCGCCCGCUCGGUCGGUCAACCUCUGAGCGACUCCAAGGGCCAGAGAUGCAUCGAGAGCGCGCGCGCAACGUUCGACCGGGCCCUGCGACCUCCCGUACUCUCAACUCACCCGCCACACCCACAACCACAACGUCUGGCCGAGUCCCCGGGCUCCGUUCCUUCCUCCGUCCAUCCACCCACCCACAGACGUCCAUUACAUCCAUCCCCGUCCCAUCCGCCUCCCUCAUUGCUCGCAUGUCUGCGCAUCCCGAUCGAGGAUGGAGGGAAUCUUCCACAUUCAGAGCGCUCGCUACUACAGCUCAACUGCAACCAGGCAUAGUAACCUACAGGACUGCCUCCCCACAACGACAGCUCUACAAACCAUGUAAUCUACUACUGUACUAAUGUGAAGUGUACCAAAUGAUCUACCGAAUGCGGCAGUCCACUCGGAAUGAAAACUACAGUUCCGACGAGGGCGAUGAUCACCACGUGCAGCCCGACUGCGCGCGACGUAACACCGGGUUUCAAACACGGCACAGUAAACAAGAAACCGCGAUCUGAGGAGAAGAUGACCGCGGUAAGAGGGCCGGAAGAGGCGAACUGCGUCGGGAGCGUAGGCGGUAGGGCAGGAGAGGAGAGGAGAGGAGAGGAAACCGGGUUCGCGUGAGCUCUGCGCGUAAUGACCAGAGCGGGGAGCAACGGGGUUCUGAUUGGAGCAGGAGGAGCAACCACGAGGCGGUGAGAUCAUCGCGCAGGCAGGGCCUAUGGCGACCGGCGAUGGACGCAGUCGGAAGCCCGGGCACGCACCGUGUUUAUGGUAGACAUGGCGCCGGCGAGAAAGGCAGAGACGGGCCCAAUGGGGCGGGGGCCGGCAUGUGGGCGGGGAGACGAAAUUUGCCAAUCAUGAGCAGGUGUUGGGUCUCGUAAUUCUGCGCAGACUCGUAGGCGUUACACCUAAACCUGAAGCCCAUUAGUGGCCUCGACUGCCCGACUGUCUAUUCGGGCCGGCCUUCAGGCUAUGGAGGAAAGAUUCGAGAAUCCUUCUGUCAGUCUUCGUUGUCCGCUUGCAUACUGACUGGCCGAUAGUGCGCAGGAGGGAGGGAGGGAGGGAGAGAGGGAGAGAGGAAGGGGAGGGAGUAAGAGGGGCCCGAGGCCGAGCGAGCGGGCGAGCCCGACAGACAGACAGGAGAGGCUGGACUUGUUACGCUUUGGGCUGUUAAUCUGUCAAUGAUUCAUCCUCCGCUUUUCGACAUUCAUCCACGAGCCGAGCCAACCCGAGCCCGGCCUGUGUCCCGUCGGGCGCAACUGGGUAGGUCGCGGAAUCGAUGUCCUGAUGGGACUGCGGAUGGAGUCGCAGCUCCUCGUAUUUAAUGGCACUCCAUCAUCCGCUGCUGCGGGGAAGGCGCUGUUCGUUGCCGCCGUGCCUGAGGACGACUUAGCGCAGAUCGGAGCCAAAUUCUUCCUGCUCGACGAUCCUCUGCAGCGGCGCCUGGUCCAGCCCGAGAUCGCAAUUUGAGGACGAAGGAAGAAGGAAAGGAAGGAAGGAAGCAAAGGGAGGGAGGGAGGGGCGGAGGGGAGUCACGUGAGGAGGAGGAGGAGGUGCGAGUGAUUCCUGCAUCAAUUUGGGCAGAAUGGCUAUAGGGGAAUUGUGCCUCAGCAAUGGGGCCGUGCGUAAGAGAUCUACGGGCCAAGACAUGUUUAUGGGGAAGGGAGACAGGAAAGACAGCUACGUGCGCAGCAACUCCCAAAUGCAGAUGAUUUCGAACUCUCUGUUCCCCAUUUUCCUCGAGGCGGUGGACGCAAUGAGGCUCCCGAAUCCUCAGCUGGGGCCCAUGACCGUGGCGGAAUUCGGCUCCUCGUCCGGUCAGAGUAGCAUAGACAAUGUCGGAGCUGUUCUCCGACGGCUCAAGUCGAGAUACGACCUGGAGAUCGGCCCGGAGCCUGAGUACCAAGUGUUCUUCCAGGACAUGCCUUCCACCGACUUCAACUCCAGAAUCAAGCUCCUGAACGAGGCCAUUCUGUCCAACGAGGACACGGAGGCCGUCGACUUCUUCGCAGCCGCAGUCCCUGGGCCGUUAUACGGCAGGCUGUUCCCCCAGUCCACGCUGCACUUCGCCUUCGCCACCUUCGCUAUAAACUGCCUCUCGCGGAUUCCCGAGUCCGUAUCGGACAGAAGCUCGCCAGCUUAUAAUGGAGGGCAAACUGGCCUCUACCGGUCCAGCGCCGCCACCAUGGAGGCGUACUCGGCUCAGGCCAAGGAGGACUUGCUGAAUUUCCUGGCCGCCAGGGCGGAGGAGAUGUCUGAUGAAGGAGUUCUGUGCUUAAAUUUCCGCUGCCGAGAUUCAGGCAUUUCUUCUCCCUACUCCACGGCUCACGAGGUGAUCGGCGACUGCAUAUGGGACGACUUCGUGGAUAAGGGGAUAAUAUCUGCGAGCACGAGGGAUGCUUUCAACCCUUUGCACUACUGGCGCACGGUGCAGGAGGUGAAGGAGGUGCUGAGUAACUUCAGCUCGGAGUUCCACGUCGAGAAGCAGAUGCAGCACCAGGUGCACUUGCCCGCAGGAGGACAUGACGUGACGCCCUCGGAUGAAGCCGUGCCGGUGUCCAAAAGUAUGCCGCUUGUGGGUCGUGGAGUUUCCAGCGCCUUGUUAAGAGCUCACUUCGGCAGAGAAGUGACGAGCCUCUACUUGGAAAGAUACGAGCAAGUUCUGAUGGAUCGAAUCGGCAACCACACGCUCUCGUAUUACCAACCGAUUACCUGGUUCGUUGUAGUCUUGGUCCGGAAAGCUAGAGAAUACGACUUCUGAUUUCGUCUGUCGUCUGGGCAAGCUACAAAUUUCCAGGGUCCAAGAGGAGGAGGGUGCUAUUCCCAUUCCAACUGCGAUACUGAUUGCACUCGAAGUUUUCCAUGCCAAUGGGUUCCAAAUAGAAGAAGCUGGGGUCCGUGAUCUUACUGAGGCCGUCAGGGAGAUUGUGAAAAACCCACGUAGCGUAGCACAGCGAGACCAGGCCAAUGUUCUGAAAUACUUCCAAGGCGGUGUGGUAUGGUCGGAAGUCAUCGAGACCUCUCGUGCUCCUCCCUGCACGGCACUCGAAAUCCACGUACAGUUCCACGAUCGAAUGACAGUGACGGAUGCAAAGGAAGGCCGUCACGUCAAUCUUGAAACUUCAAGACAUGUAAAUUGAAACACAUGUACAGAGAGGAUCCCUAAAUUGUUAUGGGGAUUCUUAAGUCUAAAAUAUCAUAAAGGGCAGCAGCUUUGGAUCAGUCUCUGAGGAAGCAUUCCAAACGAUUUACGUGACCUUCGGAGCUCGUCAAGUUUUCGUGCCCUUUUAGCUUUUUACGCAGACGACGGCGACGACGUAUAGCAAAAUCCUCGUGAACGAGCGCAGAUUCAGAACCACAUAUUCUCUAGCGUGUGGCACAAGAAUCGCAUUGACAAAACCAUCGUUCACUUUUUCCCAUGCCUUUUGUUGCGGGAGUGUGACCUCCACACGCGGUGGGAAAUGAACGCAUGUGUGGGAGCAGGUCGAUGGUCGGAGCCUCGGGAAGCCUUGGGGUUGACAGUCAUGCUGAGUCAUAAUAUUGUUUAUGGAAAAUCUUUAGUCUAUUGUGUGGCCUAAAACAUGUUCCACAGUUUUAAUAUUUUUCAUUGGUUAAGUGUAGACGAAAAGUACCAUGCACUUGCUUUAGAGAGUAUAUUAGUUUUGAAUUUAAUGCCAUGACGUAUAUAGCAUAUUUUACACGGAUACAUUAGUUGCUACAGCAUCGACUUUUCAUGGCUCUGUUAUUAUGUUUUAGCAAGCGACCAGUUACCCGAAACAUGUGAAAUAUAAAAACCUUUUAGUUUAUUGUUCAACUGUAGUCAAAAAGUAGUAUUAGAUUAUUCUAGGAAAUAUUAGUUAGUGACACAGAUAGGACUGUAAGUAAUAUAAUCAUAACACCAUUAUGCAGGGGGGCUAUUUUAGUUGAUAUAGAACCAACUUUCAUAACUAUAGUGGUAUGGUCUAGCAAGCG